GAAAUUUUUUUCUUGCUUUAAAUUCUUCAAAUAAUGAAGCCUGACAGUAUUAAGGAUCGUGAUUUUAUGUACAAACUGAUAAUUGGACAAAUGUUUUAUGAUGGACACCAACAAUUGGCACUAAAUUUGGCUCAAUCACUCGGCCUUUCUUUACGUCCACCUCCUCCUUCUGACAAACUUUUUCGUCUUGUAACUGUCGCUCGCCAAUAUGUGGAAGAUCCGGAAUCUAAAGAAAAGGAGGCUGUUGGUGACCAGUUCGGUGUGGAAUCGUCGGGUUUGGAUUUGGAAUUUGAUGCUGAUGUUGUUCCUACUAGCCCAGAACCUAGUUUAUACGAGACUGUCUAUUUAACAACACAUAAAGGUCCCUGCCGUGCUGCUGCUUUUUCUUCUGAUGGUGCACUUAUUGCAACAGCCUCAGUUGAUUGUUCAAUAAAAAUAAUGGAUGUAGACAAAGUUAUUUCGAGGAUUGAUACAGCUGCUUUAAGCGAAUCAGGUCCUGAUUCACACCAUCCAGUAAUACGAACACUUUACGACCAUUUGGAUGAAGUCACUUGUGUUGCUUUCCAUCCUCGGGAACAACUUUUACUCUCUGGAAGCAACGAUUUUACUUUAAAAUUAUUUGAUUAUUCAAAAACUGCUGUUAAAAGAGCAAUGAGGACAAUUAAUGAAGUCGAACCAAUUUCUUCAAUUACAUUUCACCCAAGCGGAGAAUUCUUUUUGUGUGGGACAAGACAUCCUACUUUGAGGCUUUAUAACACUGAAACGCAGCAAUGCUUUGUUUCUUCAAUGCCCAAAGAUCAACAUAACGAUACAAUAACAGAUGUUUGUUAUUCUGAAAAUGCUAGAAUAUUUGUGACUGGAAGUCGGGAUGGAAAUGUUAAAGUUUGGGAUGGCGUUUCCAACCGUUGUAUUGAAUGUUUUAAUCGAGCUCACGACGGAGCACCUAUUUGUAGUGCUAGGUUUACAAGAAAUGGAAAGUACGUUCUCACCGUUGGAAUGGAUAGUGUCCCCAAAUUAUGGGAAUUAUCAACUAACCGUUGUUUAAUUGCAUAUACAGGAGCUGGGGCUACUGGGGCAAGAGAAUAUUCUAUGCCUGCUGUCUUUAAUCAUACUGAGGAUUAUGUAAUGCUCCCUGAUGAAAAAUCUGGAUCAUUAUGUUCAUGGGAUGCUCGUAAUUCUGAUCGGGAACGUUUGUUGGCUUUGGGACACACUGCAGAAACACGGGCAUUUGUCCAUUCACCAACUAUGCCAAUGUGA